AUGAAGAAGAAGAUGGUUCGUCACGUUCGAACGCAAAGUAAGUAUGCAUAUAAGAAAAAGGGUCUCAUACCAGCUGAGCAUCAUAUCGCGAUGUGCCAACUAGCUUGCAAAAGUUCUGAGUUUAUAAUGGUUGAUAGUUGGGAGGCAAACCAACGUUCCUUUCAACGCUCACUAACGGUGUUGUCAAGAAUAAGGAGUUUCUUUUCCAAUAAUGGGCUAGUAUCUAGUGCGUUCCUAAAUGUCGUGCUUGUCUGUGGCUCUGAUCUGCUAGAAUCAUUUGCAAUAGCUUUCCAGUGGUGUUGUACAAACUUUCAAACCAUAUGCAGAGAUUAUGGCGUGGUUUGUAUUUGCAGAGAAGGUCAAGACAUUGAAAAAAUCAUCUCAUGUGAUGAAAUCUUAACAGAAGAUAAGGAUAAUAUCGAAGUGGUGGAUGAAAUAAUACCAAAUCGUAUCAGCUCAACUUUAGUAAGAGAUUGCAUUUCAAGGAAUUUGUCAGUGAAAUAUCUAACAUCCGACGAAGUUAUUGAUUACAUAAAACGAAAUCAACUGUACGCAAACAAUGCAGUUCAGCAAGAAUGA